AUGGAGAUUCCUUUGGGGCAUCCAAAACGAAAUCAAGGACUUGUAUGUCGACUUACUCGAUCUCUAUAUGGCCUUAGACAAGCUUCCUGGCAGUGGUUUAACAAAUUCUAUUAUACUCUCAAACAGCAUGGUUUUCGCCAAUGCAAGAGUGAUUAUUCUUUAUUCUCUACAGGAGAAGGCUCCUCAAUCACCUUUUUACUUGUCUAUGUUGAUGACAUAAUCAUUGCCGGAGCAAACAAUGAUAUGGUACAACAAAUACAGCAAAGGCUUCAAUCAGUCUUCAAGUUGAAAAUCUUAGGAGAUCUCAAAUUUUUUCUGGGAUUAGAGAUUGCAAAAUCCAGAAAAGAAAUCUCACUUACACAGAGGAAGUAUACUUUGUCUCUACUCGAAGACACCAAUUUCCUACACUGCAAGCCAGCUUUGAUUCCAAUGGAAGCAAACAUUAAACUGAGGGCCAAAGAAGGUGACAAGGUUGAAGAUGCAUCAGCCUAUCGAAGAUUGAUUGGCCGAUUCAUGUAUCUCACAAUCUCCAGACCAUACAUAAUAUUUGCAGUGACAAAACUAGCCCAGUUUAUGUCUGACCCAAGAGUUCCACACCUCAAUGCAAUCCACCAGAUCUUAAGAUAUCUCAAAGCAGCACCGGGUCAAGGCAUUUUUUUCUCCUCAAACUCGAAGUUCAACUUGUCAAUCUACACUGAUGCAGAUUGGGGAAGCUGCCUCGAUACUAGGAGGUCUACUACUGGCUAUUGCACUUUCUUAGGGGAUUCCUUAAUUUCGUGGAAAAGCAAGAAGCAACCUGUUGUAUCAAGAAGCUCAACAGAGGCCGAGUACAGGGCUAUGGCCAAUGCUGCUUGUGAAGUUGUUUGGCUGACCAAUUUACUGAGGUUCAUGGAUAUCACCAUUGAGUCUGCCAUGCUUUUUUGCGACAAUCUUUCAGCUAUUCAAUUAGCCUCUAAUCCAACCUUCCAUGAAAGGUCCAAACAUGUUGAGAUAGAUUGUCAUUUCAUUCGCGAGAAGGUUGAAACCGGGUUCCUCAAGUUAGUGCACAUUCCAACCAAACAUCAAUUAGCCGAUAUUCUCACCAAGGCCAUCUCAAAACCUCAAUUCCUUUUCCUCAUGUCCAAGUUAGGAACAUACAAUUUAUAUGCUCCAACUUGA